AUGGCACCAGCCCUAAGCACUGUGUCUCCCGUGGGUCUGCACAGCCCAGUGUGUCCUGUGCCUGCGCCCUGCAAGUGCCGGGCUAAAAUCAACAUCCAGCCAGGACGGGUUGUUCAGGCCCUUAGUUCGAGACCUCCAGUGCGCCUCCACGGACCGGUCUAUCCUGUGCCUCCUCCAAGGACCAGGCCUCCAGUAGAUCUCUCUCUGAGCACUGUGCCUGUUCUAAGAACCAAGUCUCCUGUGUGUCCCUCCAGUCCGGACGCUCCAGAGUCUCCCUCCAGUCCGGACGCUCCAGAGUCUCCCUCCAGUCCGGACGCUCCAGAGUCUCCCUCCAGUCCGGACGCUCCAGAGCCUCCCUCCAGUCCGGACGCUCCAGAGCUUCCCUCCAGUCCGGACGCUCCAGAGUCUACCUCCAGUCCGGACGCUCCAGAGCCUCCCUCCAGUCCGGACGCUCCAGAGCUUCCCUCCAGUCCGGACGCUCCAGAGUCUCGCUCCAGUCCGGACGUUCCAGAGUCUCCCUCCAGUCCGGACGUCUCCAGAGUCUCCCUCCAGUCCGGACGCUCCAGAGUCUCCCUCCAGUCCGGACGCUCCAGAGCCUCCCUCCAGUCCGGACGCUCCAGAGCCGCUCGUCAGUCCCCACAGAGCCCCAGGACAGCAACACAAUUAGACCCAACCAAAUCAUGA